AUCGAAGUCAAGACAGCCUAUUUGUGUGUGCACGGACAGCGUGGGUGACUUUGCGCUCCAUCGGCAAUGGCGGAGGCUUCCGACGAUGCCAGAGUUAUCGAGAAGCUCUACGAAUAUGGAGAGCGUCUCAACGAAGUCAAGGACAAGUCUCAGCACGCUGAGGAUUAUGAGAAUAUAAUCAAGGCGGCAAAGAGUAGCAGUGUGAAAGCGAGGCAGUUAGCUGCGCAGCUAAUCCCCAGGUUCUUCAAGUAUUUUCCAAGCCUAUCGGUUAAUGCAGUUGAUGCGCAUCUCGAUCUGUGUGAAGCCGAGGAGCUAGGGGUGCGGGUACAAGCAAUUCGCGGGCUUCCACUUUUCUGCAAGGAUACUCCAGAACAUCUGUCAAAAAUUGUUGACAUUCUAGCGCAACUCCUCACAGCUGAGGAAAAUGUAGAACGUGAUGCAGUACAAAAAGCGCUAUUGUCCUUACUGAGGCAAGAUGUUAAAGCAUCUUUGACUGCCUUGUUUAAGCAUAUAGAGAGCGUUGAUGAACAAAUAACAGAUGAAAAUCUACGGGAGAGGACCCUACUUUUUGUUAGAGACAAGGUCUUUCCACUUAAAUCUGAGCUGUUAAAGCCCCCUGGGCCAAUGGAAAGGCAUAUAACAGAUUUGAUUAAAAAGAGCCUUCAAGAUGUCACUGGAGCAGAAUUUCAGAUGUUUAUGGACUUCUUGAAAAGCUUGAACAUGUUUGGUAAGGAUGCUCCUCCAGAGAGAAUACAGGAACUUAUUGAAAUUAUUGAAGGUCAAGCUGAUUUGGACGCUCAAUUUAAUGUUGAUGAUGGAGAUCAUAUAGAUCGACUUAUUUCUUGCCUUUUUAUGGCUCUUCCAUUUUUUGAGAGGGGUGCAUCCAAUAGCAGGUUUUGGAACUAUUUAAACAAGCACAUAUUUCCAGUUUUUGAUAUGCUCCCUGAAGAACGAAAAGUGGACCUGCUCAAAAACCUGGCUGAGAGUUCACCAUAUACCUCCCCUCAAGACUCAAGACAAAUUCUCCCCUCUAUUGUUAUGCUCUUGAAGAAAACCAUGCCUCGAAGAAAAGUUGGAGAAGAGAUGAACUUUACUUAUGUUGAGUGCUUGCUAUAUGCAUUCCACCAUUUAUCCGACAAGGCACCAAAUGCAACCAAUAGCUUAUGCGGGUACAAGAUUGUGACGGGGCAACCCUCAGAUAGGCUGGGAGAGGACUUCUCUGAUCAAUCAAAGGACUUCUCUGAGAGAUUAAAUUGUGUUGAAGACUUAGCUCGGGCGGCCAUAAAAAAGUUAACUCAAGGAAUGACAGCAAAUAAUAAAGCUCUGGCAGCUGCUUUGUCUGAUGAAGCAAAGGCUGACAUUAAAACACAGAAACAGAACACUACAAAUGGGCUACGAACUUGCAACAACAUUCUGGCUAUGACUCAGCCUCUGCAUGCCAAGACACCUUCAUUUAUUGGAGACAAGAGGGUCACUUUAUCUUGGAAAGAGGUUGCAAAACCUUCACCAGCACCAACUGCUUCUACUACUGGGGUGAAGCGUCCAAAUGAAUUUGGCAACAACCCUCCAAAAAAGGGACGUGGGGCUGGAGGGAGUUUGAACCCAAUUUCGGGUAAUGCUUAUGGGGGUCUGCCCUAUGGAAAGAGAGGUGGCUUCAGAGGUCUAGGCCGGAGCUAUGGUGGUGGAAGGAGAGGAAGAGGAAGGGGAAGGGGAAGGGGGCAAUCAUUCUGAUUGUUUCUCUGCAUUAAGGCAGCCUAUGACAAGGAGUUUUUCCCACAGACCAUAAUAUACAAGAGUUGAAUUGAGUGAUUAAACAAGAUGUGCAUUGUGCUCCGUCGUUAAUGUAUUUGCUUAGUUUUGAUGAGAGGAAGAGAUUGAUUCUUGGAUUUUGACAUUUAACUUAUUCAAGGCAAUGUUGAUUCUUUCUUUCUUUCC